AUGAAAAAUGUGUGCACUUCAGCCGACAACACCAAAGAAGAAGGAAAACAUCGAAGAAUACUUAUUCGUUUCCACCUUAUCAAUGCUCUCGUAUUUGUUCUACUUCUAUUGCAUGCAUUCGGAAGAAAGAUAAUAAACUUUAAGGAGCAGCCACGACUAUUUUAUGUAUACAAUGAUGGAGUGAUCCGUGUUCUCUACUCUUCAUCCGUGCUGCAUAUGUUCCUCUGUUGGAAUCUCGCUAUUUUUAUUUUUAACAUGUUUGUUAAUGGGACCUAUUUCGAACUACGUCAUUUCAAUUAUGUAUUGUCCAAGAUCGACGAUAAAGAUGGAGAGACGCUUCAGGAACAACUUCUAAAAGCUAUUGCUGCUCAUGGUAAAAUCACGAAAACAAUUCGAGGUUUGGAUAGAUUAUACAGGAUUUAUGCCUUCUCGAUGAUCGCUACAAUGAUCCCUUCUAUUUUGAUGACCAUUAUAAUGCUGAGCAAUCGAAUUUUAUCCUCUGAAAACGUCCUCAUUAUGGGUUUACCACCCCUCCUAAUUAUCACGUAUGGAUUUCUCGGUUUGACGAUAUCUCCAGCCAGGCUUUAUGAUGAGGCCUACAAAUCAAAAACGUGCCUCUGUUUAAAUUCCGCAAUUUGGCAUCCGUACAGGCCUGAGAUUUAUCAAAUUGCACUGGCACUUUGCAAUCAUCUUGAGCAGCCGAAUAUGGGCGUUACCAUAUGGGGUUUCGCUGUAAUGACAAAACCACUUAUACUUGCAACCUUCUCUGUGAUGGCAAUGAUAUUCUCGCUCAUGAUGGAAUUGUUCACACUCAGGGAACCAUCGCAAAGUCGUGUAAAUUCCACUGGAUCAUAUUGA